AUGGUCGGCGUUGGAGCAACGCGGCGGAGCUGGGCGGCCGCGGUGGUGGUGCUGCAGGCGGCCUGGGCGCUGGUCGGCGGGCAGGUGCGGUACUCGGUGCCGGAGGAAGCCGAGGCCGGCACGGUGGUGGGGCGGCUGGCGCAGGACCUGGGCCUGGAGGCGGGCGAGGCGGAGGCGCGGCGGCUGCGUCUGGUGGCGCGGGGCCGGCGGGCGAGCGUGGAGGUGAGCGGGGCGAGCGGGGCGCUGGUGGUGAGCUCGCGGCUGGACCGGGAGGAGCUGUGCGGGAAGAGCGCGCCGUGCGCCCUGCGUCUGGAGGUGCUGCUGGACCGGCCGCUGCGCGUCUUCCACGUGGAGGUGGAGGUGACCGACAUCAACGACAAUGCCCCGCGCUUCCCUGCCGCCUACAAAAACAUCAGCAUCGCGGAAUCGUCUCUGCCCGGGUCGCGUUUCCCUCUGGAGGGCGCGUCAGAUGCGGAUAUCGGUUCGAACGCGCAGCUCUCCUAUUCACUGAGCCCCUCCGAGCACUUCGCUCUGGAUGUAAAAUCCCCUGAUGACAACUUGAAAUCCCUUUUCCUGGUGUUAACGCAUCCUCUGGACCGCGAGUCGCUGUCCGAGCACCGCUUGGUGCUGACGGCGAGUGACGGGGGCAGGCCGGCGCUGACGGGCACGGUGCAGCUGGUGAUCUCGGUGCUGGAUGCGAACGACAACGCGCCGCAGUUCAACCAGUCGGUGUAUAAAGUGCAGCUGCCGGAGGACGCGGCGGAGGGUACUCUGGUGGCGCGAGUGGCAGCCACGGACCCAGACGUGGGAUUUAAUCAGGAGUUUUCUUACAGCAUCGUCAGUUCUGUUCCUGCGUCUCAGAGCGAUGCAUUCAGCAUAGAUCCGCGGACGGGGGAGAUCAGACUCACGGGCCCCUUAGAUUUCGAGGACGUCCUCCAACACGAGUUGCAAAUCGAGGCGAGAGAUAAGGGAACGCCCCCGUUGUCGGGCCACUGUAGCGUCAUUUUGGAGGUGCUGGACGUGAACGACAACGCGCCGGAGGUGUGGGUGACGUCGCUGUCGGUGCCGGUGCCCGAGGACGCGGCGCUGGGGACGGUGGUGGCGCUGCUGAGCGUGUCGGACCGGGACUCGGGGCCGAACGGGCGGGUGCGCUGCGCGGUGCGGCCGCCGUCGCCGUUCGGGCUGGUGGCGACGUUCGCGGGCUCGUACUCGCUGGUGCUGCGGGAGGCGCUGGACCGGGAGCGGGUGUCGGAGUACGAGGUGGAGGUGCGUGCGGAGGACGGCGGGGCGCCGCCGCUGCGCGCCAGCCGCGGGCUGCGGGUGCCGGUGUCGGACGUGAACGACAACGCGCCGGCGUUCGCGCAGGCCGUGUACACGGUGCUGGCGCGGGAGAACAACGCGGCGGGCGCGGAGCUGGCGCGGCUGUGGGCGCGGGACCCGGACGAGGCGGGCAACGGGCGCGUGAGCUACUCGGUGGCGGAGGGCGGCGCGGGGACGGGCUCGGGGUGGCGUCCGGCGUCGAGCUACGUGUCGGUGGACGCGGAGAGCGGGCGCCUGCGUGCGCUGCGUCCGCUGGACUACGAGGAGCUGCAGGUGCUGCAGUUCGAGGUGCGGGCGGUGGACGCGGGGGAGCCGCCGCUGUGCGGCAACGCCACGGUGCAGCUGUUCGUGGUGGACGAGAACGACAACGCGCCGGCGCUGCUGCCGCCUGCGGGCGGCGGGCCGUGGCCCUGGGCUGCGGGCGAGGCGGCGGAGCCGGGGUCGCGGCCGCCGGGCUCGGCGGGCUCGGCGGGCUCGGCGGGCUCGGCGGUGUCGUCGUGGUCGCUGUGGGCGCGGGCGGCGUGGGGCACGCCGGCGGGGCAGGUGGUGGCGAAGAUCCGCGCGGUGGACGCGGACUCGGGCUACAACGCGUGGCUGCGCUACGAGCUGCGGGAGCCGCGGGGCGAGGGCCCGUUCCGCGUGGGGCUGUACAGCGGCGAGGUGAGCACGGCGCGGGCGCUGGAGGAGGCGGACGGCCCGCGGCAGAGGCUGCUGAUCGUGGUGCGGGACCACGGGGAGCCGCCGCGCUCGGCCACGGCCACGCUGAGCGUGUCGCUGGUGGAGGGCGCCGAGGCGGCGCGGGCGGCUGUGGGGGCAGGGGCGGUGUCGGUGUCGGCGGGGGCGGGGCUGCGGCCGGCGGCGAGCGCGGAGGGCGGAUCUGCGGCGUCGGGAGCGUCGGCGGCGACGAACGUGUGGCUGGUGGUGGCCAUCUGCGCGGUGUCGAGCCUGUUGGUGCUGGCGGUGGUGCUGUACGGGGCCGGGCGCUGGGCGCCGCGGGCGGCGGUGCUGGCGGGGCCCGGUCCGGCGACGCUGGUGUGCGCCAGCGAGGUGGGCAGCUGGUCGUACUCGCAGCGCCAGAGCCGGAGCCUGUGCGUGGCCACGGACGGCGCGGGCAAGAGCGACCUGAUGGUGUUCAGCCCCAACUGCCCUCCGGCGCCCGGCCCCGCGCCGAAGGAGACGCCGCAGGAGCCUCCCUCUUUGCUGGACACGCCAAAACACCCCAAUCCUGACUGGCGCUACUCCGCGUCCCUAAGGGCGGGAAUGCAAAGGGUGCUGUGCAUAUGGAGGAGGCAGGGAUCUUACGUGGAGGACCAGGAGGGCCUGACCAGCAGUGGCCAACAGUCUCCAGUGCUACUCCAGCCUGAGGCAGGAGAGGUGUCCCCCCCGGUGGGAGCUGGUGUGAACAGCAACAGCUGGACCUUUAAAUUUGGACCCAGCAAUUCGAAACAAGGUGGUCCUGGUGAGUUGCCAGACAAAUUCAUUAUCCCAGGAUCUCCUGCAAUCAUCUCCAUCCGGCAGGAGCCACCAAACAGCCAAAUUGACAAAAGUGACUUCAUAACCUUUGGCAAGAAGGAAGAGACCAAGAAAAAGAAGAAAAAGAAGAAGGGAAACAAGACUCAGGAGAAAAAAGAAAAGGGCAACAGCACCACUGAGAACAGUGACCAGUGA